CCUUGGGUUUUGCAAACUUCGAUCCCGCGCCCGAUUGGUAUCGCUAUGAUAGAUCGGUGAUACCUAUAGAACGGCGACUGGGGCCCAGAGCCACUGUUCCGGAAGAAAGUGAAAAUGGCUGCGUCCUCUUCCCGCUCGAUGGAAUACCUGGAAAGUCUGCCAGGAACAGUCUUCCGCAGACUCUACCAGCAACCAUCCACAGCUCUAGCAAUCUUCCGGCGAAUGUUGCCGUACCUGGCAAAAUGCUUCGUCAUGGCGCUUCUAUACCUUAAGGAUCCCCUCCCUGCAGCAGAUCUAGAACUAUGGGUGAAGACCGAGAGCAAACGCGAGAGAGACAACGCGCUAUCGAUAUUGAGCCGGCUCCAUAUCCUCUCAAAUACCACAACAUCGGAUAAUGUCAGGGCAUAUACUGUUACGGAUCCGUUCUCAUCAUCACUUCGACAGGCUCUUACAGGAGGAGAUAAACAGCAAUCUUUUGGAGUCCCGUCCGUAACCGACGAUGAAAACCCUAUGACCGUUGCUCAACUUGACCACUAUGCAAGAAGUCAGUGGGAAGGCGUUCUAGGUUAUAUGGUUGGAACUAGCGCUCUGGGAGUACAGCAGGCAGCCACGUUAAGUAAGGGUGUCAAGCAGCUUCUCCAAGCCUGCCAUCUCGUGGAAGUCCGCGACCGAAGAGUUGAAAUCACAAAGGAUGGUUUCGCCUUCGUCCUACAGGACCUCAACACCCAAGUCUGGCACAUCUUAAUCCUCUACGUCGAAAAUGCAGAGCAAAUAGGCAUGGACAGCAUCGAAGUUUUGUCUUUCCUCUUCGUCCUCAGCAGCCUCGAACUCGGGCAAUCAUAUGAAAAAAAACAUCUCACAUCCACUCAACUCAAGACCCUGGCCGACCUUACCGAUUUCGGCAUUGUAUACCAACAUUCUCCGCACCAAGAAGCAACCCGUUUCUACCCUACCCGCCUAGCCACAACCCUAACUUCCGACUCUAUAACCCUCGGCAGCUCCAUCUCGAGCAGCUUAACCGCGCCCAACGGAGUGCCCAGCGCAAGCUCCAACGAACCCUCAACAGGCUUCAUAAUCAUAGAAACAAACUACCGUCUAUACGCGUAUACCUCAUCCCCACUCCAAAUCUCAUUAAUCGCCCUCUUCACAAGUCUAAAAUAUCGCUUCCCCAACCUCAUCACAGGCAAGCUGACACGUCAAUCCGUCCGACGCGCCGUGGAAAUGGGCAUCACGGCCGACCAAAUCAUCUCAUAUCUAACCACCCACGCCCACCCGCAAAUGCGGAAGUACCACGCAACGAAGGCCGGCGCGAACCCCGUCGGCGUACCCACUGUUCUCCCGCCUACCGUUGUUGAUCAGAUCCGUCUCUGGCAGCUAGAGCGGGAUCGAAUAAAAGCUACGCCAGGCUUCUUAUUUAAGGACUUUGUUAACCUAGCGGAGUUUGAGGGCCCGUGCAGAUAUGCAGAGGAAAUUGGGGUUUUGGUAUGGAAGUCUGAGAGGAAGCGGAUGUUCUUUGUCACCCGGCAUGAGCAAGUUGCAGCGUAUUUAAGGAGUAGGGCUGGAAGGGCCUAAGCUAAUUUCAAAAAGUGAGGUUAAAGGGUAACUUAAAGUCUUGAUUUCUUUCUUCUAACCGGGUAGGUUAUACCCCUUUUGUGUUUUUUUUUUUUUUCUUGGUAUAAGACACCCCCUUUUUACGACAAAAUGGGAAAGGCGUUUGUGGCAUUAUCCCAGAAGACUUUGUUUUGAUCUUUUCCCCAUCUUUUGAUAUCCGUGAAAAGCAUACUUUUCGUCUUGUUUCAAAAUUUCUAUAUUUUCGCAUCUGUGUCGCUCUUUCACAGAUUCAGUGGAACAUGGGCAUUGAACAUCUGUUCCAUUCAG